GCCUCUCCUCCUCAGUCUUCGCUCGCCGGCCGUUGGCAGAGGAUCCCCGCAUCGAUCGCGCCACCGCGAUUGUAAAUCUCCCGUACGUCCGCACACCUCGCGCACUCGCCGUUCCCGUGGGGAAGCAUGCUGGCCCGACGUGAGUAUCGCGGGGCCCCUCGGGCCCGCGCGAUCGCGCUCUCUUGAGACCCGCGUGACGUCACCCCGGCACUCCAUCCACGUCCUCUCCUCUCCCUCGUCCUCCCCUCCCGCCCCGGUUCCUCGAUCCUGCGUGAGAUUGAUCUUGCGGAUGGUAUCGCGUCGAGGGAGUGCGUAAACCCGAGCUGCUUUUUGGAUAUUUGUCGCUCCGCGAGCUCUUCCGCUCUCGAAUGUGUAAGUCGGAAACCGGAGCGCUCGGACCACUGGAUUUCUAGACGUCGGACCGGACUUGUCGGUUCCUGGACAUGUAGAUGCAAGCGCCGACCGCAGGAUCGUGCCACGACGCGAGCAUCGACGUGAACUCCAACCAUCGCCAUCAUCACCACCACUCCGGGCGCAAUCAGCUCGACCAUCAGCCACAAGAACCCAACUGUCGAGCGCCGUCGUCCUCGAUGUCUACUUUGCUAUGCUGCGAGCCAGUGUCGGCUGGCCGACCUCGGGCCAAUUUGAAACUCGCGUUGAACCGCAGCCUGAGCGAGCCGGGGCCGAGUCCGUGCGCCUUCCCGACCUCACCGAGCGUCCCGUCGAUCGCCGCCUCCGUCAUUAACAACAACAACAACAACAACGGCUAUCCCACCGAACCACCCUCGAUCGUGAUCGAGGAGGCGAACGGCGACGACGACAACGAUAACGUCUAUCGUCGUGACUUCCACCACCACCACUACCACCAUCAUCAUCACCACCACCCUCUCCACCAUCUUCAUCAUCAUCAGCAUCUGUCGGCGACCACGAAGCGCUGCAAACUGGAGACCGCCAGCUUGCCGAACAGUCCCUGCGCGGAGAACGACAACCUCCAUCGCCAGCUGGUGCUGAGCAAGAUCAGCGUCGUCACUUCCGACGAUCUGGCGCAGCGUCUCUCCUCCGCCGAGCCGCCGGUAAUCCUGGACUGCCGACCGUUUAUAUCGUACAACGCCAGUCACGUGCGCGGCGCCAUCAACAUCAACUGCUCGGAUCGCUUCAACCGACGCAGGCUGCAGCUGGGGAAGGCCACCCUCGCCGAUCUCGCGACCGCUCGCGAAGGUAAAGAGCUGCUUAGAAGGAGGCAGUACAAGAAGGUCAUAGUGUACGACGACUGUACGGACGACCUGGAGCGUCUCCCCGCGCAGCAUCCGUUGUUCCUGGUGCUCGCCGCGCUCGUAGACGACGAUCGGGAGCCAGCUCUGCUGAUCGGCGGACACCGGGAGUUUCACGCGCAGCAUCGAGAACUGUGCGAGGCGACGCUGUUGCCGAACGGCACCGCCGCCGUCGCGCCCGCCGCGGCCGACGCCUCGACGACGACGGUGAGCGGUUGCACGAGCCCCGGACCGGGCUGUCCCGUGCUGAGCGUUUCCGGUCCACCUACCCCGCAACCGGCGGACAUCGACAGCCAUCCGGCGUCCCGCGUGCUGCCGUUCCUCUACCUCGGCAACGGCCGGGACGCCGCCGAUCUGCAGCUACUGCGCGCCCUCGGCGCCACCCGCGUGCUGAACGUCACCUCGCAACUGCCCGGCUACCACGAGGAACGGGGUAUCACGUACAGGAAGAUACCCGCCUCGGACUCCGGCCAGCAGAACCUCAAGCAAUACUUCCAGGAGGCGUUCGAAUUCAUCGAAGAAGCGCGGAAAACCGGAAGCAGCGUGUUGGUGCAUUGUCAAGCCGGCGUGUCGCGCAGUGCGACAAUCGCGAUCGCGUACAUAAUGUGGCACAAGGGUCUGUCGAUGGUGGAGGCGUACAAGCUGGUGAAAAACGUGCGUCCAAUCAUCAGCCCCAACCUGAAUUUCAUGGGUCAGUUGCUGGAGCUUGAGCAGGGUCUGCGGGCGUCCGGCGACGUCGGCGGCUCCGCGCCGGAGGAAUCCACGACGGCGACGGCGACGGCGACGGCGACGACCACGACGACGACGACAACGGGUAGCUGUCAUCAGUGCAGAUGGAGUCAUCAGCCUAACAACGAGGAAGUGGUCACCUCCGGCUGUAGCGUCUGAGACCGGGCCCCUCUCUCGUAUCUUCUUCUCUUUGGUCUCUUUCGAGAGUACCGCAUCGUCGGCGCCAGCGUUGAAGCGUCGUACAACGCGCGCGGCAACAAACAUAUCCCGAGAGAUCGUCGAGAGCGAAUAUCGACGUUCUUCCUGCGCCUCUUCGCGACGAAUCCGAAUGACGAAGCUAUAGAUCGCGGGAUGGUUAAAAAAAAAA